CGACCUGGGGUUGCGUCGGGGUAGAUAGUAAAGAAGUAACUGCCAGUGGUGGAGAAGAGAUUAGGACGAAGAGAGAGCGAGCGAAGGGGGUGGGGAGCGCGACGUACGGUCGGAGAAGAAGAAGAAGAAGAGGAAGUCGAGAGAGUGUAGGCGCAGGCGCGGUAGGUGAUGUGAGGCUGGCGCCCGCCUCACGUUUGGGGUGAUGCCCUCCAGUGAGCCUCAUCCCCCCCAGUACCACCUUCAGCACCACAACAUUCCUCCCUCGCAUCUUCAGCAACACACGUCGACCGCGAUCGGGCAACAUCAGCUCUACCAGCAGCUGGUGGCCGCCCAUCAACAGCAGCAGCAGCAGCAGCAGCAGCAACAACAACAGCAACAGCAGCAGCAACAGAGACAGCAGCAACACGGCGGCCCCUUUCAAAAUUCCACGUACACGCAGCAAAAGCAGGAGAUGAGCCCGGAGGAGGAGGGGGGUCGAGGGGGCGGGUCCCCCCCGGCAGCGGGGGCUGCGUUACAUCAGCCCCAUCACCCCCGGACAGCCAGUCCACCCUCGGGCACAGAACCCUGCACCCGCGAUGCAAUACCGACGCCUACACCGAUCGUCGACACCACGACAACCACCACCACCACUACCAUGACCAUGCAGUCGCAGGGCCAGCAACAGCAACAGCAAGAGCAACAAGGCCCGAGCCCCAGUCCAAGUCCAACGGGAGGCGAUGUGGAGAAGUUCGACGGAAAAAUCGUUUACAAUCCGGAUGGAUCGGCGUACAUUAUCGAGGGAGAGAGCGAGCUGAGCGAGGACGACUCGCUGCCGGACGGUUGCAUUGUAGACGGGCGCGGUGUCUCGGUUCCUCACUCGCUGGUGUUUCCUCAGAUCGCGAGCGCGUACUACGUGUCGCGAUUGUACGCGCACCAGGCGUACCAGCAGCAGCAGCAACAGCAACAGCAACGUACAACGGCGGCGCAGCAGCACAAUCCCGAUCUUCCUGUGAUGCACAGCUAUCGGGUGAUCAGUUACAGAAGCGCCGAGGGAAGCAAACAACCGCCGCCGCCCCCAGCUGCGCCACCACCUCCAGCCGCGUCGGUGCCCGUCAAGCCUAUCCUCAUGUGUUUCAUAUGCAAGCUCAGUUUCGGCUACGCGAAGAGUUUCGUCGCGCACGCUCAGGGCGAACAUCAGCUCACGUUAAUGGAAGACGAACGACAGGUACUCUCGCACUCGACCGCGUCGGCGAUCAUUCAAGCGGUCGGCCGAGGCAAACAACCGCUGGUCAGUUUUCUCGAACCGGUGACGAGUUCCACUUGCCCGCAACCGUCGCCCGUGCAGAUGCAGAGCCAGCAACAGCAACAGCAGCAGCAGCCGCGUACCGAGUCCAAUCUCGAUCACGAGACACCGACCACGACCAGCACACCCGCUAGCACUCCUGGUGUACCGAGCAGUCCGCAACAGCAACAGCAGCAGCAACAACAACCGCAGAGGCCGUCGCCUAGCACACCCACCACUCCCACGUCUCACUCGAAUCACCCUCUCGCGUACAAUCAUCAACAGACGCAGCAGCAUCAGUGGACCGGUGGCCAAGUGAGCGCUGCCUCUUGGGCAAAAGCACCUGACGCUUCCAGCAUACACUACACGUCACCACCGCCAUCCUCGUCGACCAAAGGUUCGCCAUCCUCGUACGCAGCGUUGACUCAACAACCGCCGAAUUUCCUCACAGGCACGACGAUCGGUGUCUGUCCCGAGCACAUGCAGGGUAGACCCAGUGGCGUCGAAUGUCCCAAGUGCGAACUGAUUCUAGCUAGCAGCAGAUUGGCCGGUCCGGGCGGACCACUGGCCGGCAUUCACAGCAGAAACUCGUGCAAGACCCUCAAGUGUCCGAAAUGCAACUGGCACUACAAGUACCAAGAGACACUGGAGAUUCACAUGAAGGAGAAGCAUCCCGAGAGCGAAACCUCGUGCAUUUACUGCAUCGCCGGACAACCGCAUCCGAGGUUAGCGCGCGGCGAGACGUACACCUGCGGGUACAAGCCGUACAGAUGCGAAGUAUGCAACUACUCCACCACGACGAAGGGUAAUCUCAGCAUUCACAUGCAAAGCGACAAACAUUUGAACAACAUGCAAGAGCUGCAACAAGGUGGCGGCGGUGGCUCGGCAGCGAGCAAUCCGUCGUCGUCGCAGGACGCGCCGAUGCCAACGAGAAGCCCCCAUCACCAGCAAAACCACAGUCCGCACAUCGCCGGUCAGGCCGGAAGCCAAGGGAAGCCGAAGCCGACGUUUCGCUGCGACGUCUGCAACUACGAGACGAACGUCGCUCGUAACCUGAGGAUACACAUGACCAGCGAGAAACACACGCACAACAUGCUGGUCCUGCAGCAGAACGUUAAGCACAUGCAGACACUGACCGCGCUCCAGUCCCACCAUCAGCAGGCCCAGCAUCACCACCAACAGGCGCAACAGCAACAUCAGCAGCAACUCGAGCAGCUGCUUCACCUGGGCGGCCUGGACAAACCUCAACACGCGGAGGCCGCUCUAGCGGACAUGGCCUACAAUCAGGCACUGUUGAUUCAGAUGAUGACCGGCGGUCAGUUACCGCCGCAGCUACCGCCGGAGAUUAUGGGCGGUAUGGCCAGUAUGGGUGCCAUGGGGAAUCUCGGCGGUGAUGUUGGUUUGUCACCGGACAGCAUGGAUCCACCACCGGAGCCGGCCGAUCCCGAUCCGUCUCAUCUCUAUCAUUGCUGCGUGUGCAACAACUUCGCUACCGAUUCGUUGGAGGCUCUCGGCCACCAUCUGGCCGUCGACAGAACGAGAACGCGCGAGGGGGAGAUCUUGGCGCUGGUGGCCGGCCACUUUGUCUGCAAACUUUGUUCCUACAAGACCAACCUGAAGGCCAACUUCCAGCUGCACUGCAAAACCGACAAGCACUUGCAACGUCUGCAACACGUGAACCACGUGAAGGAGGGCGGGCUUCGAAACGAGUGGAAGCUCAAGUACCUGGCCUCGCCCACCAGCGCCGCGCAGUUACGGUGCCAUGCGUGCGACUAUUACACGAACAGCGCUCACAAAUUGGCCCUGCAUGCCGCGUCGCCGAGGCACGAGGCCGCGGCGCUUCUUCUUCGUCACUUGCUCGAGGCCAGCGCCAACGUACCAUCGCAGGCCAAGCUCUACCACUGCGCGUUGUGCGGUUUCAGCGCCAGACACCGACUCCCUUUGCUGCAACACGUCCGAUCGCUCAGACACCUUCAGAUGGAACAGCUGCACCAGCUUCAUCGGCGAAGCGGCAUCCAGGGGAACGAAACGCCGCACACCGACAUCGGCGACGUUUUCCAAGUGAUGAGCGAUCCGGACGCUCCACCCGCGCAACAGCCCAGUCCCACCACGCCAACCACGCCGAACGCUACCAGUGCCAACAGUGAACGACGAGAGGAAGGUAGCGACUGCGGCAGCGAGGUGAAGCAAGAGCCGGAUAACGAUCAGGAGCCGGAACAAGAGCCGGAGAACGAGCACGAGGAAGUCACCUGCCCGUAUUGCACUUAUCAGCCGACGUCGCGCGAAGAAUUGAGGCAGCAUUUGCAAGUGGCUCAUGUCCAGGAUAUGGAGGACAAAGCGGAGGCGGUGAAGGAAGAGCCGCCGCCGGAAUUGUUGUGCCCGCUGUGUCAGGACGGCUUCAAAGAACGUUCCGCGCUCGAGAAACAUGUGAUGCAAAUCCACUCGGUGAACUCGGACGGUUUACAACGGCUGCUGUUGCUGGUGGACCAGAGCCAUUGGUUGAACAACAAUCCGCGAAACACAUCGACGCCAGCGGUGGCUAUGCCGUCGUCGCCGACCACCACGGUGAAACAACAGCAGGAGGAGGAGAUGAGCGAGCGCGGGGCCAACGAAGAGAUCGAGGAGAUCACCAGAUGCACCGUAUGUGGCCGCGUGUGCCGCUCGUUGGAGGAACUCCAGCAACAUCACCGGGAGACCCAUCCGGCCACUACGCCCACGCUCGCCGUCAGCGAGAAACACGUUUACAAGUAUCGGUGCGGACAGUGUAGCCUGGCGUUCAAGACUCUGGAGAAGCUGCAACAGCACUCGCAGUACCACGCGAUUCGCGACGCGACGAAAUGCGCGCUCUGCGGAAGAUCGUUUCGCUCGGUGCAGGCGCUCCAACGACACCUGGAGUCGGCGCACGCGGAUCUACACGAGGACGAGCUGGCGCAGUACAAGCAGAGCCUGAUACACGCUCACCCGCUUCUUCAGGCGCUCACGGAGGAAGCGCUGCGCAGGCAGGGUAGCUUGAUCGGCGAGCAGAACGUGGACGACGACGCAAGCAAAGCGGAGGAGGAGGAGAGCGACGCGAGCGACUCGUCGCCAUUGCACAAGGAACAACGUCUCCUCGAGGACUAUCUCAAUAGUCAACCGGUCGCCGAAGACUCGUACCACGACCCGGGAAGAAAGUUCAAGUGUCAUCGUUGCAAGGUCGCGUUCACCAGGCAAAGUUACUUGACCGGGCACAACAAAACUCUGCUCCAUCGCAAAGGCGAGAAGAUGUCCUAUCCGAUGGAAAAAUAUCUUGAUCCGAAUAGACCGUACAAGUGCGACGUAUGCAAGGAGAGUUUCACCCAGAAGAACAUCCUCUUGGUUCAUUACAACAGCGUCAGCCACCUGCACAAGCUGAAGAGAGCGAUGCAGGAGCAGGGUAACAACAACACGCUCAUCUCCGUGAUGCCACCGGCCAGUCCUACGGAGUCGCCCGACUCUCAGCAAGACCAGGACAAGAAACCGUACAAGUGCAACAUCUGCAAGGUGGCCUACUCUCAAGGCAGCACAUUGGACAUUCACAUGAGGAGCGUGUUGCAUCAGACCAGGGCCAGUAAACUGCCGGAUCUCGCUGCUAGCGGCCAGCUAGAUCUCGCUCGUCCGUUGAUCGAACAACCGCCGCCGAGCAGCCCGAACAGUCCACCGGUGAACACCAGCAGCACCUCUGGCAACAGCGGAACGAUGUUGUCCUGUCCUCGUUGCAACGCCUUCUUCGUCAACCAGGAACAGCUCGCCACUCACCAGCAACUCUACUGCAUAUUCAGCAAUCCGUUGGCGUUGUUUCAACAGCUAGCCGCGUCGCAGCAGCUCGCGUCCACACCAGCCAAAACUCCACCUCCGACAUCUACGACGCCCGGCCCGCAACAACACUUGCAACAGGCCACGCAACAUUCCUCGCAAACGACGCAGGACAUUCUGUCGCAGCCUCGUCACAAGACGUCGCAGAUGUACAAACAUCUUCUGGAGAGUUUCGGUUUCGACCUGGUGAUGCAGUUCAACGAGAACCAUCAGCGACGCCAGCGCAAGGAGGAGGAGGCCGCUGCCGCGCUUCAGGCGCAGCAGGAGCAACAGAAACAGGAGCAGCAGAAGCAGGCGCUGGCUGCUCAGGCCGCGCGCGAAAGGGAGGAAGAGGCAGAGGAGCACACUGACGACGAUGUCAUACCGGAGCUAACCAGGAGCACCUGCCAACACUGCAACAAAGAAUUCAGCAGCGUCUGGGUACUGAAGGCCCAUUGCGAAGAAGUACAUCGUGACUUGGUGCCGCGCGAGUUCUUGGAGAAGUACGCACAGCAAUUCAAGUGCGAGUACGAAAAGAAGAGCGUCGUGGUGACUGUCGCAACGUCCUCUUCCACGUCGUCCGGACCGAGAAGCUCGACACCGGCUUCCAGCCAGCCGCAGGAUCUCUCGUCGGACAAGGAACAACGCGACAAAGACAAGGAGGAUGCGAACGAGGGCAAAGAUCGAGUCAGCAAGACCCCGGAGGCUACUUCCACCACGCCGGCAACAACUCCGGCGUUGAGCAACACGCCAGUGUCGAGCACCGAUUCCACAACUCCAACCGUGUUGUCCACCAACCCUCAGCUUCAUAUUCAACAGCAGCAGCAACAACAACAACAGCAGCAGCAGCAGCAGCAGCAGCAACAACAACAGCAGCAGCAGCAGCAGCAACAACAACAACAACAACAACAGCACGCUCAGUUGACACUCGCGCAACAGAUGACAGAGAUGCAAGCCGCUUUGAACGCGAUGGCUGCGUCGCAACUGCAGCAGCAGCUUCAACAGUAUCCCGGACUGAUGAUGGGCAUGAUGGGUCUGCCCCUUGGAUUGAACGUUCCCGCCCUGGCUGCCAUGAAUCUUCAACCACCGUUGGUGCCGAUGAUGCUACCGCCGCCGCCUUACGACGGAACGGCUACCGGAUAUCCACCCCCUAUCAAUGCACAAGCCGACCUCCUUGCCAAGCAACAUCUCGCCUUGCAGCAGCAACAAGCAGCAGCCGCAAACGCGGCUGCCUCGCAGAAACGAGCGCGAACGCGCAUUACCGACGAACAGCUAAAGAUAUUACGAGCGCAUUUCGACAUCAACAAUUCCCCCGGCGAGGAACAGAUUUUAGAUAUGGCGGCUCAGAGCGGGCUACCGCCAAAAGUCAUCAAACACUGGUUCAGAAACACGUUGUUCAAAGAGCGGCAGCGGAACAAAGACAGCCCGUACAACUUCAACAAUCCGCCGAGCACCACGUUGAAUCUCGAAGAGUACGAAAAGACCGGCGAGGCGAAAGUAACGCCGUUGAACUCUAGCGUGUCCGGAAGCAGUUCGUCGGACGACAAAAGCCCGAACAAACAGGCGACACCACCGCCGUCGACCACCGUGCAGGUGAACACGUCGCAGGCCAGCGAGAUCAAGCAGGAGAUUCAAGAGCAGUCGCAGUUGCACGUGCAGCAGCACUCGCAGCAUUCGCAGGAGGAACAGCAACAUCAUUCGCCCGGUAGUUCCGGUGGUCAGCAGUCGAGGCCGCAUUCGCCGGCGCUCAGCAUGAGCUCCGUAUUCUCUGGUAUUCAUCACGACGUGUCGUCGCACGGCGCGUCAAGCGCCAACGCACCGAGCACGCCGAUGCUACCACCGAAACUGGCACCGCAGAACUUUACCAGCCCGACACCCGGCGCUGGUAACGUGGUCCCAGGGGCGAUUGCAGCAAUGGCUCUAACGCCUCAACGAUCGCUCAGCCCCGGCCGUGGCCCGACCGAUUACUCCUUCAGCGGAAGCACCAACGGCAACAGUUCCUCAUCCGGCGGUAGCUCAGGAAAACGAGCCAACAGAACGAGAUUCACCGACUAUCAGAUCAAGGUUCUGCAGGAGUUCUUCGAGAACAACGCUUAUCCAAAAGACGAUGACUUGGAGUACCUGAGCAAGCUGCUCGGCCUGAGUCCGCGCGUGAUCGUGGUAUGGUUCCAGAACGCUAGACAAAAGGCGCGAAAGGUGUACGAAAAUCAGCCAGCCGCUGAGCCAGUAACAACAGGCAGCCGCGAGGGUGACGACGGUUCGGGCCGAUUCCAACGAACACCAGGCUUGAAUUACCAAUGCAAGAAGUGUUUGCUGGUGUUUCAGAGAUACUACGAGCUCAUUCGUCAUCAAAAGACGCACUGCUUCAAAGAAGAAGACGCAAAGAGGAGCGCCCAAGCGCAGGCGGCCGCGGCCCAAGUCGCAGCUGUUCUCAGCUCCGAAGACAGCAACAGCAGUUCCACCACCACCACUGCUAACGCCGUGUCCAGCAAUCCGACCAACACACCCGCACUCGCAGAACAGUUGCAUCAGCCGUUGAACGCCACCACGUCUCCUCAUCAUCAUCAGCAGCAACAGCAGCAGCAGCAACAAAUGGGACAGUCGCAUCAACAUUCUCAGCAAGGACAGUCGCAGCAACAGCAGCAGCAAUCGCAGCAACAGCAACAGCAAUCGCAGCAACAACAACCGCAACAAUCGCAGACCGAGUCGAAGGAAGGUAGUUUUCAGUGCGACAAGUGUAACCUGAUGUUCGGGCGGUUCGAACUGUGGCGCGAACAUCAGCUAGUACAUAUCAUGAACCCGUCUCUGUUUCCACCCGCCUAUCCCCCAGACUCACCGUUUGGCAUUCUCCAGCAACAAGCGCUAAACGCUACCAGCGGGGUACCAACUGACACUCCUCACCCUUUGAUUGCGAUGAUGCAAGAGAGGAAAAGAAAGUACGACGACUUCGACGAGGGAACGAUCGGAGGCGAUAGCCGCUCCAACUCCGAGCACAACGAGCAGCCGAAGGACAAGCGACUGAGAACGACGAUACUGCCCGAACAGUUGGAUUACUUGUAUCAAAAAUAUCAGGUCGAGUCGAAUCCGUCGAGGAAGAUGCUGGAGACGAUCGCUCGCGAGGUCGGCCUGAAGAAACGGGUGGUGCAGGUAUGGUUCCAGAAUACGCGCGCCCGUGAACGAAAGGGCCAGUUUCGCGCGCACAGCCAGGUAAUCAAUAAACGGUGUCCGUUCUGUCCGGCCUUGUUCAAAGUGAAGUCGGCCCUGGAGUCGCAUCUCAGUAGCAAACACGCUGAUCAGGUUGCACGCGGCGAAGUGAACAUUGACAACAUUCCGGACGAGGAACUAUCGAUGGAGUCGGCCCCUUCGAACCCCAGCACGCCCAACAUGAUGCCACCGUUGUUCCCACCGUUCAACACCGAGAUGGAAGCGUCCCUGAAGAAGUACUACGAGGAGUCGAUGAAGCGAUACAUCAGCGAGCUGCAAGCUCACGCCAGCAACGGCAAGCAAGAGACUGCGAACCAUCAGGCGGGUGGCAACAGUGGCGAGUCACCGUUAGAUCUUAGCAAACCGGUGGACCUGAGUCGCCCGAUGAAACUGAGCCUCGGUGGACUGUCGAAUCUCCUCGACGAACAACACGGUGCGCACUUCCGCGGCGGCAGCGACUGCGGCCCUCUGACCGAUCUUUCCGAGAGGAGCAUUUGCGACGACGACAGCAUGAGCGAGACCACGGAAUUCCUAGACGACGAGAGCGGACCGGCGAGUCCAGCCUCGAGUACACAGAGCUCAAGACAGGGUCCAGCUUCGGCGGGGGCCGGAAGUGCUGCAGGACCACCGAUCGCAGGCACCGGCAGUGGAACAGGCCAGUCCAGUGGCAAACGAUAUCGCACCCAGAUGUCCGCUACCCAGGUGAAAGUGAUGAAGUCGCUCUUCUCGGACUACAAGACACCCACCAUGGCCGAAUGCGAGAUGCUUGGACGCGAGAUCGGACUGCCGAAGCGCGUGGUUCAGGUGUGGUUCCAGAACGCCCGUGCAAAAGAGAAGAAGGCUAGACUGGCGGCCGGUUUGCCGGCCGAAGGCUCGGCUGUCCAACCUCAUCGUGGCCCGACCGGCCCGGACGAGUGUAGACUCUGCUCGGUUCGAUACUCGGCCAAGUCGCCGCUUCAGGAGCACGUAUUCUCGCGGCGACACAUCGAGUCGGUGCGUGUCGCCGUCGAGGAGGGUAGCCUCGUGCCACCAACACCCGGCGCACCGAUCGUUCCUGGCGGCAACAGCGGCGCAGCAGGAAUCGGUAGCUCGCCGGUGGUCGGGCCUGGUAACCAGCAAACCAGCCAGCAGCAGCAGCAGCAGCAGCAGCAGCAGCAGCAGCAAUCAGACGAAAACAUGAUGUACGGAUCCCUGUUCCUCCAUCCUACGGCGAUGUUCCAGUCACAGCAACAGCAACAUCCGGGCGCCGCAGCGGCUAGCACGGCUACCACCACCGCCGUAGCGGCUCCAGGUUUGAGCGGCAGCAUGCACGGGAAUGGGCUGAUGUCGUUGCACGUGGAAGGGGGCAGCCAGGUCCAGGUGCCGCGCUCUUUGAUGCAGGCGUUCCUACAGCAAGACCCGAACCAUCCGGGAUUGGAGACGGUGCGAUUGCCGACGCCACCGUGCGGCUCCGACGAGAACGGGCCGCCGCAGCACUGCCGGGAAGUCGAGACGGAGCUGUGCCUGGUGUGUCGCCGAUGCGGUCGGGCUUAUCCGCAGGAAUCGACGCUGCUCGCUCACCAACGCUCCUGCUAUCUCGGCAAUCAGCAGCGUCGCGGUGCACUGCGCCUCGUUCAAUCUCGUUACGCCUGUUCCAUCUGCGACGGGAACCCACCGACGAGAACGUACACGACCAUCACCGAGUGGCGGCGUCACGCUGAUACGUUGCAGCAUCGGGCUCGCCUCGAGGCCAGCCAACAGCACCAGCAACAACAACAGCACCAACAACAACAGUUUGGCAAUAUCGGCGGGGAAUCUGGCGGACAGUGCGGCGAGGAGGUGCACCCGCUCACGGACGAGAUGGAGGACGUGGUGAAUCAAAUCACCCUGCUGGCUGCUCGCGCGGCCGCCGAGAGCACCACCGGCCAGCCGCAGGCUAACGAGAGGGCAACGAGCCAGGACAACAAUAACGCUCCCGACGUCAAGAGGCAGAAACUGGUCCAAGAGGUUGCUGCUUUGGCUGGCGCGCGUUAAACGCAGGUACAACGGAAGCGAAUAAAAACGGAGGGGAAACGUGGGAGGAGGAUCGUCGCGCAGAGGAGGUGCUACGAUACACACACAGAAAGAGAGAGAGAGAAAGAAAGAGAGAAAGCGAGCCAUCGAAUCUGAGGUUGAUCCUGAUCCUGAGGUCGAAGCGAUUUCAUCGGGAGGAAAGAAGCGGAGAGACGCGAAGAAGAGGACAAGGGUGAAGAAAAUGGAUACUGGUAGAGAGAGUGUGUCGGAUGGGUGCUCUUCUUCGAAAGAGAGAAAGAUACUACGAUAACGGAAGAAGCAAACAACGUUCCUAACUGGCUAGAUAAAGGGGAGGGGGUUCCAACCUAGGUCAGGAACUGUCGGUGAGGGGGCUUUUUCUUCCGCUCCGGGCACCGGGGAAUCCCCGGCUCCGAAUACUCGCGCGUGGACGGUGGACCAAUCGAAACGAGGAUGCCGCGUGUAGUGGACCUCUUCUUCUUUACUCUCGUUUUAAUUUCGGGCCGCGCACGGCCACUGUCGCGCGCGCAAUCACCAAUUUAACUAAUAUUUUUGUUACAAUGUAUGUACACACGUAGCGUGCCACCAAAGCAGCGCGCUCACCAAAAGUUCCUUCGAUAGAAAGAAUGAUGAAUGUUUCGGAAAUUGGGGGACACGUUAACGUUAACGGACGAUUGAAAAGAAACGAAAAAAGGGGGCGGGGGGAAAGAAAGGAAAAAUGGUAGAACGAACGAGCGGACGAUUAUCGGCUUGUUGUUGUCGGCAACUGAGAAACAAACUGAGUUUGGGCACGACUCGAAGAGAAACGAACGAUUCUCUCGAUGUCGUAUUCGUCGUUUUCUUGCGACUAAACGAUACCUACGUCCCUAUCCGUGCGACGACUGUGCGUCAAUCGCUGCGUGAUUAGGUUCGGUGGAUGAAAAUGGCGGCGCGGAAGCUGCGACGAGACGACGAAGAGGAAUGACACGUGGAGGAGAGGAAAAGAAUGAGCGUCGACGACGCCGUGAUGACGCUCGUCGAGGUGGGCUGAUUUAAACGUUCCUAUGUAAAGUAAUAAUAAAGAUUUAAUGAAACAAAAGAAGAAAAAAAAAAGUUACUAAAACGGGCGAACAGACAUUUAAGAACGCGACGUAGUAGGGUAGUCGGCGCGGCGUUCGCGAAACUAAUAGCGUCGCGCUCGUUACGAAUACAUACGUACAUAUUCAUCUCUAAGAAAUGAAAAGAAAAAAAAAAAUGAAUCUUCACUCUCUAUCUCUCUAUCUCUCUCUUUCUCUUUUUACGUGCGUGUGUAUGGGUGGUACUGCGUAAGAAGUGUGUGUUAAGAAUGAUGCGAGAGCCAGGUGAAGCGUUGUUCACUGACGAUGACCACAAAGAAAAAAAAAGAAAGAAAGAUGAGCGCCUUUGCUUUAAAAACAAAAAAAAAAAAGAAAAGAAAACACAUAAAACGAAAGGGAAUCACGAGACGAAAGAAAAAUCAAGUCGACGCGAGUUCCUCUUUUUUUUUUUUUGAUCGAGGAAAGGGGAUUCGCGAAAGGGAUGGAAGCAAGGGACGACAAACAUACGAAAGUACAUACGACAUAGAGGCCAGAGAUGUUCACGUGUCGGAGGACGAUCGAAAGAUCUAUCGAAUUGAAAAUCGGUGGCUGGAAGGAUUUUUCCUCCGAAAAAAAAAAAGAAAAAAGAAAGAAAGGAAGAAAGAAAGAAAGAAAAUGGGGAGAAAACGCACGCGCACACGUGCACACUCACACGCACUCACUCGUGACACGUACACACGUGCAUACACGCAUACACGAGCCUAGUAAUAUUCAUUCUAUAGUUUCGAGAAAAACACCCACAGGGCACGGUAACCCCGCGGCUGGGAGGGGUUCCUUUUAGGUACUAUAGUACGCGUAAUAAACGUCGCUGCCGGCGCGCGAAUUUCAACGUGAAUUCCGUUCAUAUUUGUCUGGCCGUGAAAAUAGUAUGCUCGUAAAGAAGAAUAGUCUGGCAUGAAAACAACGGUAGAUUUUUUUGAGUGAGGAGAAACGAAGUGAAACGAAACGAAACGAAACGAAACGAAACGAAACGGAGAAAAGGAAAAGGGAGAAAAGGAAAGGAAAACGCGAGAGGGCAAGUUGCCCCGGUGCCCGUCGCGAUACGGUUCGCGUUCACGAACACAAGCAAAGACCCAGCAACAUGGUUCCUAUAUUUAAUAAAUUAUAUUUAAUAACGCUAAAAAAAAAACCUAACGAUUAAUAAUAAUAUUAACGAUAAUAAUAAACAUAGUAAUAAUAAUGAUAGUAAUAACGGUAAAUAGUUAUAGCUAUCGAUAGCUAUCGAUAUAAUCGCUAGUUAAUCGGUCGACGAUUGAUCGUAGAUCGGUCAGCCGUGCACCGGACACCGCGAUCGAGCGCAGUGCUGAUCCAAAGUGAUUCAAGAGAAAAUCGCCGGCGGCGAGAACUUUUUUCGUUCUCUCUCGCUGGGAAAUGAUUCGGGGAAAUGAAGGAUCGCGCGACGCGGAUUGCGCUGAUUUCGUGAUUUACCGAACGAAAAGCGCGUGUCCGCGCAUGCGUGAAUUCAGUUACCGUGAUUUACGAGGGAAAAACAAGAAAGAAAAAAAGAAAUGAGCACGCCACUAAGCACGACAGAGGAAAACAUAAGAGAAAGAAAGAAACAAACAUACAAAAGGUCAGCUCUCGAUCGACGGACACGGGAUUUUUGUAAAGGUCUACUCGGGAACGACAAAGAAUCCACUACUAGCUCGUAAGUUAACGGUUAAUUACAACUAAACUGUAGAUUUUAAGGGGAAUAUGGGAGAAUAUGCAUCGGUAGACGACACACAAGACACACUCAUGCAUAGGUAUAUAUAUAUAUAUAUAUAUAAAAAAAGGUAUAUAUAUAUAAAUAAAUGAAUAAAAUGAAUGAACAAAAAAAGUAUAUAUAUAUUUAUGUAGAAAAUUAUAUAAAUAUAUAUAUAUAUAUUAUAUAUAAAUAUAUGAUGUUGUAACGUACUAGAAUCCUCGCGGGUAAUGUCCGAAACGGUGACGUGUAUACGCGCGUACGUACGUCGUGUUUAUCGCGUUUUGUUUCAUUUUUCAAGCAUGCUUUCACUUAACCAGAGAUACGGACACACACGUACACACACGUACACACACAUACGUACAUAGAACGCGAAGAAACGAUCGAAUUGUUUAAAAAGAAUGCAUCACAACACGACAAAAGGAAAACCGUGAACGUGGGGAUUGGGGAGGGGGAAGAACGGAGAGUGGGAGUCGUGCCACCGCACGUGCACAACCAGAGAGAGUGAGAAAAGAAACGUGUACGGAUCGCGCUCCGAAAAAUUUUCAACCUCACACGUAGGAAGAGGAAUUAGAAAGUGAGAGAACGAAACCGAAGGUAAAGAGAUCGUAACAACGACGAGCGUAACGACAAAGCGAAGGUAUGGUAUAAUACGAGAGAGGGUACUACCCGACUAUACGUGGAAAGUAAAUUAGGAAGAAGAGAGAGGGGUUGAAGGGGGUGUUAGGGGGGGGGUGAGAGGGGAAUGAAAGGUGGGCGCAAACGCGUAGUGGUCGUUGGAAGUCGAACGAAAACGCGGAGUAAUAACUAUUUGUAAUUUGUAACUAAAGCAACUCGAGGUUCCUGUCUGCAAAAGAUGCUUUUUCUAAUGUAAACGUUGAUAACGACGAUUAUUAAUAUUAUAUUUGAUUAUUACCGAUUAUUAUUAUUAUUAUUAUUACCAUUAUUAUUAUUAUUAUGAUUAUUAUUAUUAUAGAUUUACGAUAUUAUAUAUUUACAUAUAUAUGUGGUCAUGUAUUUAUUAUUGUCUAUGUAGAACGUUAUGGCGUUGGACUAGAAGCUAAAACUGAAACGAAUGGACACACGCGGUGACACGCACACAUGUGACAUACAUACGACACACACACACACACACACACAGACACGCGCGCGUGCUUGGACUACACACACGCAUUUAUACACGAAGACACGUGUGUAAUUAUCGAAAGAAAAAAGUUUGAUGAGGAAAAGAAGGUGAGAGGCACGAAUACACACACGAACAUACACACAUACGAGAACGGAAAUUUCGAGGAAUGAUUUCGCGUUGCUCCGCGGCGAUCCCCUUUUUAAUUGAAUCGUAACACGGAGCACCGAAACGAAUCGAGAAAGGGAAAGGAAAAUCUUUGUAACCAAUACCUCGCAAAAUAGGACAAUUGUUACUAUCUCCGGUGAUCACGGGCUAAUUAAAAGAAAAAAAAAAAAAAAGAAAAAAGAAACCUGCGUAGAUGUUAAUCUCUAGAUUACGAUGUAGCGAGACCCCCCUCCCUUUUUGGAAAUCGUGGCGGCUUCCGCCACGUUUCGUUGAUCUCGAACGCUCUCAUCAAGCUUGCGUAACGCAAACGACGUUAACCGAACGACUAUAAUAUACACACGGUAUCACUAAUCUUAGCAGACGAGACGCCGAGACCUUCGAGAAAGGGCCGGAACGCGUCCCUUUUUAAUCGCGCGUACAUUCUAACGAACGUGAACGUGAAAGAAAAUGAAUGAAACGGGGAAACGAAGAAAAGAACCGACAUGCACCUUGGCGCACAAAAAAAGAAUCAACAUCGUGUUCCUUUUAAUUGUAUACAUACACAUAUAUAUAGACGCGUGUACGUGUGUACACGCGGGAUAUUUAAUUUUUCUAAUCGAUUCGCGGCUGAUACACACGAUGGGAGAAUGCACGAGAGAGAGAAAUCGACAAACGCGCAAUGUGUUUCGGGACAUGUACAUCAAACAUGCACGUACUCAAACGAUCGACACGUAUAUACCACACACACACACACACGCACACACACACACACAUACACACCUACAUACACGAACACCUAAACGUGAUACACGUGAAGCAGACUGUAUUUAUUACACAGAGAGUACGACACAUCGAGAGUCGAAGUGAAUUUGAAAAGAAGAAGAAGAAGAAGAAGAAGAACAGAUCGAGAGUGGUCUCGAAUCGAUGUAACGUAUAUAUAUAUGUACACACACACACACAGACACACACACACACACAUAUAUAUAUACGCGCGUGGAAAUUCUCAAAACGCGGCAACGUACGUGCGCGUGUACGCAAAACUGAGUCGGUUUUGGCGUUUUGAGUUUCGAGUACGGGAGAUUGCGUGAUAGAGUUAACGAACCUCGCUACUAGCUGUUCCUAAAAUCAACAAUGAUGAUGAAUGAGUGAUAAGCGUGCGCGGAUUAAUUUAAGGAGUGAACUAAAAGAGAUGCAAUUGAGUAUGCGAAAACUAUUAUUGAGUAUGCGUUACGAGUAAAUUUUCACCGCCCCGUGUAAAUCGCCGCCCGCCACCUUCCGUUUCUCUCGUCGAUCGCGCGACGAGAUUUACCGCAAACCGUUAGAGAACCGCUACACUGCGCGAUCGUGAUCUAUCCUUUUUAUUCCAUCGUCGAUAUUUCCCAUCCACGGCCAGCUAUAAUCAAUCGUCGACGAAGCUCGCACGAGCCGACAAUGAGUGCUCCGAAUAACGAGCAUCUACAAGAAGCUACAAAACGGAUCAAUGGAGAUGAAAACUAUAUUCGGACGAUCAGUUGCGCGUUUUUUACAGGGUCACACGGCCGAAAUCACAGGGGAAGCUCGAUCAUGGAAUAGAAACGACAUUGACGAUCGAUUCGUAUAAAAAGAGAAAAGAAAAAACAAA